CUUCCCCCGCCGGGCCCACCGCAGCAGCAGCAGCAGCACCAUGGCGAGCCGCGAGCACACGGGAUCCACCAACGUGGUUUACCAAGCCCACCAUGUCAGCAGGAGUAAGAGAGGACAAGUGGUCGGCACCAGGGGAGGAUUCCGAGGCUGCACAGUCUGGCUCACAGGCCUUUCUGGAGCUGGCAAGACAACCAUUGGCUUUGCUCUGGAGGAGUACCUGGUGGCUCAUGGCAUCCCCUGCUACUCCCUGGAUGGUGACAACGUGAGGCACGGCUUGAACAAGAACCUGGGCUUCUCGGCCCAGGACCGCGAGGAGAACAUCCGGCGCAUCGCCGAGGUGGCGCGGCUCUUCGCCGACGCGGGGCUCGUCUGCAUCACCAGCUUCAUCUCCCCCUUCACCAAGGAUCGUCGAAACGCACGAAAAAUUCACGAGGCAGCUGGACUUCCUUUCUUUGAAAUCUUUGUAGAUGCUCCUCUAAAUAUUUGUGAAAGCAGAGAUGUGAAGGGCCUGUACAAAAAGGCAAGAGCUGGAGAGAUCAAAGGAUUCACGGGCAUUGACUCCGAGUACGAGAAACCCGAAGCUCCCGAGCUGGUGCUGAAAACAAACGUUACAUCGGUGUCUGAGUGCAUCCAGCAGGUUGUGGAGCUCCUGCAGGCACAGAACAUUGUGCCCCAGGGCUCAGUCAAGGAUGUUCUGGAGCUCUUUGUGCCUGAGGAUAAACUCAGCAGUGUCAGGGCUGAGGCAGAGAAGCUGCCAGCACUGGAGAUCACUAAGCUGGAUCUGCAGUGGGUGCAGGUGCUGAGCGAAGGCUGGGCCACUCCUCUGACAGGAUUCAUGAGGGAGGCAGAGUACCUGCAAGUGCUGCACUUUGACACCCUGCUCAACGGUAUGGAUCCCCUGUGCCCUCCUGUCCUGCCUUCUGGAGUGGUGAACCUGAGCGUGCCCAUCAUGCUGCCCCUAUCAGCAGAGGACAAGCAACGCCGUUUUCGCCUUCCAGCUGCGCAACCCGGUGCACAACGGGCACGCGCUGCUGAUGCAGGACACGCGGCGGCAGCUCCUCGAGAGGGGCUACAAGAACCCCGUGCUGCUGCUGCACCCCCUGGGGGGCUGGACCAAGGAUGACGAUGUCCCCCUGGAGUGGCGCAUGAAGCAGCACGCCGCCGUGCUGGAGGAGCAGGUGCUGGACCCCAAGUCCACCAUCGUGGCCAUCUUCCCCUCUCCCAUGCUCUACGCCGGCCCCACCGAGCACGGCGGGAAGGUGCUGAGCAUGGCCCCCGGGCUCACCUCCGUGGAGAUCCUGCCCUUCCGAGUGGCUGCCUACAGCAAGAGCAAGAGAGCCAUGGACUUCUACGACCCCAAAAGGCACGAUGACUUUGACUUCAUCUCAGGAACACGCAUGAGGAAGCUGGCUCGGGAAGGGGAAAACCCCCCCGAUGGCUUCAUGGCCCCCAAAGCCUGGAAAGUCCUCACCACCUACUACCAGUCCCUGGAGAAGAAGAAUUAACUCCUCCUCCUCCUCCCUAGAAAAGCCUGUAUUAAUAGUGAGCAAUGAUCCAUUGAUUCCCUGUCACACAGAUCACUUGCCAUGACCCUGGGGUUCUCCCACCUGGGUCAGAGCGUGUUUUACCAAUCAGAAAUACUUUCAGCCUGAUCCUUCUGCCCUGGAGCUGCUGGGAGUGUCCCCAUGGAGUGGAAGGGAUGGGCAGAGGGCCCUUUGUUCCCAGCUGGCACCAGGAUGUGCCACGGUGCUGCCAGUGCAGAGGGGACCAGGGUAAAUGAAGAAGUGCCUUUCCUCGUUGUGCCUUAGACAGUUUUUGCUAAUUAACAGCAGAAUCUUUUUAAUGCCUCUUUUUGUAAAAAAGGACUUUUUUUAAGAUCAGCUGUGACCACCUCCAGUUCCUUGUGGCUGAGCCAACUCCUCACUGCUUCCUUCCUGCCUUCCUUCCUCCUGCUUGACCUCUGGGCUGAGCAUUCCUGUUGCUCCACGUUCAGGAGCCUGUGAGGAUGUGCCAUGUUAUCCCUGGCACAGGAACCCAUCCCUGCACUCACAGCCCUCUCCUGGGAGGCACCACAAACCCUGAGAUCCCUGAGAAAGCUCUGCACAGCGAGGAGAAGUCAGGGAUGCUGGCACUGUGCUCCCAGGUGGCAGCGUGGGCUCCCCCUUCCCUCUGCCCCAAAGGCAAAUCCGGGACAAAACAGCAAAGUCACAGCACCGGGAGGGUCUGAGAACCGGCUGAGAGAGGCUGCAGCCUCAUCCACACCGCUGUGGGUGCAGGUGACCUGAUUUAUUCCGUGUCUGCGCAUGGGGACAGCCCGAGGGUGGCAGCAAGCCCUUGUCCCCAGCCCUGUGUGCUGCUGAGCCCAGAGCCCGCUGCUGCCCCAGCCUGGCUUGGAGAGUCCCCGUGGUCAUUGUCGCCUUCCCCACCCUCACCCGGCACGGACAUCGGCAGUGCCCCGCCCGAGGCUUUCCCGCUGGCUCGCAGGAGCCGCCGAGGUGACAGAGCAGCGACAAACAGCGACAGGACAGCGUGGGGCACUGCGGGAGCCGGGGACGGGGCUGGUCCCGCCCCGCUGUGCGGUGGCAGCCGAGCAGGACGAGCAGCCCUCGCUCCUUGCAGCCUCACUGCGGGGUUUGUGCACCUGGCCCCGGGUUCAGCAGCGGCCCCCAGAGCCCUCGGGAUGUCCCCAAGGAAGGACAAUCAGCGUUCCUCUCUUCUUGUGCUCCUGUUUGAGUUCCAGCUGGAUCCACGCUCAGCAAAACCAUCCUGCUCUUGCUCAGUACCAUGAGCUACAACCUGCUCUGCUGUGGCCAGGGCACACUGCCCAAACUUUCAUCUGUAACUGGAAAAUAUCCUUGAAAAAAGGCUUUUUAAGUCUUUUUUUAAGCAUUUGGAGGAAACCUGUGUUUUCCCCCAAGGCAAAUGCUGCAGCCUCGGUGGGAGCUGCCAGAGCACCAGCACCAGCCUCACCCAGCCAGGCCCCAAAAGUGACAUUCCCAAAAGUGACAUUCCCAUUUAGGAUUUCUAAGGAGUGAAACAGCACUGUUGCUGCUCAUCAUGAAACAAUCCUGUCCCCCCAGUGAAUCCAGGUGGUCACAGCAGAACACAGAUGUUGUGUUAUCAUUUUAAACCAGAGUAGUGUCCUGAUUACCUCUGAUUGAAGCACGAGGACUGGGGGGUUUAUAGUCUAUUUAUUAAAGACAUGAGACUGGAAUUUGUACCUCAGCUGAUGCAUCUCAUGAUUUAAUAUAUUCUGAACUCGAUACUCUAUGAAACACUCACUUUUAGUACAAAUAAAUAUUUAUAUGUGUAAGCA